ACUUUCCCAGGAAAAUCCUGCUGCAAGCAAGAAACAUCAAGCUUCUCUGUGAGGGCACUACACAGAUCAAAGGCACGUGGAUCUUUCUCUCUAGCACGUAUCAGUUUUACUUAUGUUUCAGACCUAAGGAGGAAAGAAAUGUGGAACUUGCUGUGCUGAAGUUGUUGUUGCUAAGGAAGCACUAAACAGGUGAAGGCGAAACCCUACGAUGUGCAUGAACCUGGUGCCCCAGAUGGACAGAGGAACAAAGAGAAGGGGGAGGUCUGAACUGCGGAUGUCAGGAUACACAUGACGUUGAAAACUAUGUCUGGGGCCUUGUCUGGAGAGCUCCAGCAUUUCAGGAAGGAGAUGGAGAAGCCCAUGACAGAGGGAAAAACCUGGCAAAUGUGGCCUCAUGAACAUCUAUCUCCCUGAUGUCAUCAGGUCCAGAAGAAAUGUUUAUGGGUGUUUUAGGUAAACUUUAAAGCCCUAGAUCAAUGCUCACUUACUACUCCUGGAACCAGCUGGGCUUUGCACCAACCACUUUGAAUUAAUCCUUCCCAGCUCUUCUCGGAUAAAGAAACAAUCAAUUUGCAACUUGGUCGAGGUGAGUCCCAACUGCGAGCCUGCAAACCCCAUUCAGGCACUUGGCCUUCUUCCUCACCUGCUUUCUGCUGGAUGUCACCUUCCAAGAAUCCUCAAGGACCUCCCUAAGCAGGGGAAAGGAAAGAGAGGGGACUAACACGGAUUACCGGGCACUAGGAUUGAAAAUUUACAUCCAGGCUCUCAAUCAAUCUUGAAGCCAACUCCAUGAAGCAGGAUUGACCUCUCCUGUUGUAGAUACAGAUAAGAACAUGAUGCUCAGAGAGGUGAUGUAAUUCAACUAAGUUCCUACCGUGGCCUUACCUGGAGCUGGGAGAGACACCGAUAUCUUCAGGACAGUUUCCACUAUAGAGACCCAGAGCUCAACCCCUUCUCCAAAACCAUCCCAAUUCCUCUACAGAUGGGACAGGAAAGAUUUAUGAUGUAUUAACACUGAAAAGAGAAAGUUGCUAUAACAGUACAAAAAUAGCUAGACUCAAUGUCUAUGUACUUUACAGAUUGGAAAGCCCAGUCACAAACCUUCAUCUUUCCUGGAUGUGUCGAUCUGAUCCCUUUACCAAGACUGGUGCUGCCAAGAUUGGCAACUUGGCCUCAGGGGAAAUAAAACACUGAAAGUGACCUGGAAAGAAAGACUCUUCACCAGCGGGAGGAGGAUGUCUUAAAUGUCCUUAAUGAGUCCUUGGAGGGAUCUCAGCUCUCUGCUGGGAAACAGGGCAUAGGCAGGGGGCAUAGCUGAGAGAAGUGACCGAGAUUUGUAUUCCAGCCCAACCACUCAGAAACUGAAUACUUCAAAAGUAUCGAACACUGAUUCAGUGCUGAGUAUCCAUUCAAGGUUGCUUAGCGCACAUUGACUCAUUCAGACUGUGGACGUUACUGAUGAAGAUCUGACUGUUGGUGGUGGUGUUAUAUUCCCAUUUUACGGAAGAGGAAACUGAGGCCCGGGGAAGCCUAGGAGCUUGCCAAGCUCCCAAACGCAGUUUGGCUCCAGGGUCUGGCCCUUAACCUUCAACCCCGGGCAAGCCACGCUCUCUGAACUUGAGUAUCCUCGUUGCGUUGUUAGACGGAAAAUAACCUGGCAAUAAUAGUCUGGCAAUGUCUUCCACAUAGCUGGGCUCAAUAGGGCUGUUACCUGAAUAUGACUGUUCGCCUUUGGUUAAUUGUCUCUUUUGAGGAAACUCUUCUAAAGCUCCCGCAGGUAGAGAAGACCAGCGCUUCCUACACCAGCUCGAGUACCACUGAGCAGCUUCACCCUCUGUGUGUCCGCAGGCUUUGUGUCUGAAUUUACCACAGCGCGUUGCACGUCAAAAUGCAGUUGUUUCCACUUUUCUGGAUUAGCAGUUAGAGGCCCUUCAGGGAUAAGACCACAUCUGAUGCUUCAUGGGGACUACCUGUCUCUCAGAUACCACCCGCAAAGAUAACCCGAGGACCAUGGAUGCUGAUGAGGGUCAAGACAUGUCCCAAGUUUCAGGGAAGGAAAGCCCCCCGGUGAGUGACACCCCCGACGAUGGCGAUGAACCCAUGCCUGUCCCUGAAGACCUUUCCACCACGUCUGGAGGCCAGCAGAGCUCCAAGGGUGACAGAGGACUGGUUGCUUAUGGGGUUGACGGCUUUAGGGAUUUUCAUGCAAUAAUUCCCAAUUCUUUCUCUCUCGUCAGUUGCAGGAAUACUUCUGUCUCCUGUUUCUUCAUUUAAAAUAUUGAGCAUUUUGAGCUUCCCUGGCUUAAACUCACAGUGACAGCUUGGGGAUAUCUUUUCAAUGGAAAAAUGCUGUCAGAGUACCAUUUACCUCACCAGGAAAUAUAAAGACACAUUCGAAAGGAAGAAGAAGACAAAAGGGAAACAGAAUCCCUUUGUGAGGCGGGGCUGCCAGUGUGCAUUAUUCCUGUGCAUUAAAAUGAUUUGAUCAUUCAUGAGGCCGUAAGAUGCUUGGCAGGAGACUAAGGCCCCGAUGGCCCCGAGUUCCCUGGAUUCUCUCAUUGCUAAACUUGUCUAAGUGCUAAGGUUCAGGGGUCCAGGGUCAACUGGAUCUGCCCUGUUACUAAACACAUAGAAGGCCUCUGAAAUAUAUAACAACGAAACUUUCAUUUUCCCGAAUUUUCAGUUGCAUCGGGGAAGGAAAGUGGCUUUUGCCUCAGGAUUUGAAGGCAUCCACUCUUCAUGCAGCCACAUUUAUUAAAUAAUGACAUUGGGGUCCCGUCCAUUAGCUCCUGGGCGUCAGUGGAAAGGCUGCAAGGCUAGGCCUGAGCCAGAGUGUUCUGGGGUCAAGAAACACAGAAGUCUCCAUUUCAUGUUCUAGAUUUAAUCACUUCCAUUCAGCACCUUACUGAGUUUGACAUUUUUCUAAGUGGUGGGAGGAUGGAGUCAGAAGGUAUUUGUAAGUAUAAUCCCGGUAUUCAAGGAGAGUAUAACAUUUCACAGAAGCAGUACUGCGGCUGAGCAGUUUGGGGUCCAAGGAAACGGAGCCAAAGAAGUGGUUUAGGAAUUCCGAGGAGGGGAGGGACAUAGAGACAGCCUCCGUGGGGCGGACCCAGUACACCAAAUGCAGGCUAGGGAGGACGGACCAUUUCCUGGAAUUGAUGACGGGCGGGUCUGAAGAAAGAAAACGACGGGGCUGGUCCUGUGGCGUUCUCAAGGGACGAUGCAGGAACCCUGCUUGUCCCUUUGGGUGGACUCCGGGCUGUUUGCAUGUGAACCUGCAGGAGAUGGACAGCUUGCAUACGCUCCCAGCACCUGUUCCCAGUCUCCUCCUUCACUGGUUGGAGUAAAGGCUGGUGCCGCUGACUCUCGGUGGGUGGAGUUCAGAAUCACAGGCCCACCAGCACUCAGACCCCCGAGGGCCUUCCCGCACCAGCACCCGCCCCUCUGGCGCCUUGCCUGGGAGCCGGGCAGCGAGAGCCCGGCUAUUGCCCUCUGCCCUCGGGCUGCUCCGAGGCCUCCCAGGACGGGUGCCCCCCGUGGAGGGACCGCCGAUCCCCACUUUGCCGCUCUUUCUGCUUCCCCUCGUUCAGGAGCUCAGGGUGGGUGGCGGCAUCUCUGCUCUCAGCCGGAGGCUUGUGUCUCUGAGCCGAGCAUGUCCAGGCCCCGCAAUGUCCCCUAGGAAUGGGCUUCAGUGUCCCCCGACUUCCUUCUUUCUGACCCUCUCCGGGCUGCACUCCCCCAUUUAAAGGAGGCGUCCGGCCUGGCUGGCUCAGGGGACUCUAGAUGUCAAUAACAGAGGCCCCCAAGACCGCAGCCUCUGCUGUCCUUUGCUCAGGCCUCGUCACUAAUCAAGCUCCUCAUGACCUAAAAGCCCCGAAGCCAUUUUCACAUUUCCCGAGGUGGUGAAGCCAAGACACCCCUGUCCAAGCUUGUGUUUCUAAAAUGUGUAUUCUACCUUAAGUGAUGGAUGUCUGUUAGAUUUUGACCUUUGAGAUCUGGUCUGUGUUUGCCAUGUUUUAAGACAGUUCCGUGGCCUGAUUUCCAUCAUCUACGAAAAUAAGACGCAUGUCGCCUGUAUUCGCCUCCCGAUCAGACGAGAGGCCCCGUUUUCACAGACGCAGGGGUGGGGGGCAUCUCUGCCCCUCUUCCGUGCAACCAGCACCCAGCCUGCAUUUGUCCACGAAGAGAUGGGAACCUUCCCCCAACACUGAGAGAAAAUGCACACGUGCUUGAAUCUGCUGAGCCCUCGCUGACGUGUUGCUCUCUGGUUCUCACGUCCACUCCCAGCCCCCUCAGGUCCCCUUUCUCCCCUCUUACUUGCCACAGAUCUUUCCUGUCACAGUCUGGCCUCAAAUUCACCCCCAGAGCUCUAGCACGCGUCCGGCUCUGCAUCCCCGGCACCUGGCCUCCGGGACUCAGUGCAUCUACCCUUUGCUUGCCUGGGGCGCUCUGUCCGGUUCCCAUUAUUUACGCUGCCUUGGCCUUGCCACUGUGAUGCAGGGACCCCCAGUCUGGGGGUCUGCCUACCUUUUUUCCGAAAACCAGAACAUCACAGGAUACUGGAUUUUCUUCUUCGAGUUUGGUCUCUUCUGGCACCAAACACAUCUACCUAAAGUUGUACGAGGGGACCCACAGUGAUCGGAGGGUAAUUUAAAAUAAGCUCUCUUCAGCCUCUGGUUUUCGGCUCUGUGAACAGGGUCCUCAGAGAAGCUGCCACGUGGCAGCUGGCCUGCCUGCACAAACUGCGGUCGGAUGGGUGACUGGCGUCAAGGCUUCUGGCUUGAGGGCGUCUGCGGUAUUUAAGGUGACAUCCGUCCCUCGAUUUUCACUCCCGCUGUCCUCAUCCCGUUCACUCCUGACGCGCUUUACCUGCUCUGCCAGCAGGCUGCCCGCGGGACCGGGACGUGUGUCCUGAUGGCAGAAACCUCAGGUCGCCCGAAGCUCCCCUGUUGCUUACCAGGAAGGGCCCGCACUUCGUCAUCGACACAAGCCACAGGGCCACCAGAUGGUCACACAAACACCUGUCUUCUUAAUGCAGAACAGGUGGGAGUUGGGGGCAAGCGUUAAUAAGUCCUAUACUGAGGUGUGUUUUGGAGAAAGCAAGAGUCGGUCCCAUUGAGCUGGUUACCUCUAAACUUACGACCUGGAGCUAAGUGCAGGAAGAUCGGCGGAGGGAAUUAUGCCAGCGCUUGUUCAUCUGCCUGGUUCCCUUCCUCCGUCCACAGGGUCCUUGGCCUGCACCCCGGGUCCCACCUCCGGGCACUGGAGGACCUGCCACACCUACAGUCAUUUGCCCUGCUGUGCUCUGAACUGGCCCCAUCUCAUUUUCAAAAGCCAUGAGAGAGAUGAUUAAAAAUAACCCCGGUGAAGGAGUGCAGAGGGCUUUGAGCAUUCUGGAGCAGAACCCAGUGGGUAGGGAGGCCCUCGUGAGUUAGCUUUGAGAACGUGAUUCCAGAGGGCUCAGGGGUGAAGCUCCUUCACAUGAUGGCACAGCUACCCUCCUUACCUGUCUCGUCUCCUGAGCUCGCCAUGUCGGAGGGCUUGGUUCCCUGUCUCCGGAGGCUGGGAGAGGUCAGCAGGAGGCCGCUGAGAUGCAGGAUGCUCCCAAGCCCCUGCUCUUCGGGAUCUAGUAGGGGGGCUCACCUGGACACCCCCACUUCCUGAGUCCUCGGGACAGUCUUCUGUGAUGCCAGAAUGUGAUGGGAAGAGAUAUCCCCUCACUUCUGGGGUCUCCAAGUCCACAGUGGGGGUGUGGCCCGUGUCCCAGCUCAUUUGUUCCGUUUGCUUAUUUGUCUGCAAGUCUUCUUUCCAAAGAUCUGAUGGGCAACCUGGGCGGUGUGGCGGUUAGGAGCGUAGGCCCUGGGGCCAGGCUGCCUGCAGUAUCUCCCAGCUGUGUGACCUCAGGCAAGUUGCUCGACUUCUCUGUGCCUGGGCAUCUUCAACUGUAAAAUAGGAUAACAGCACCUCACUUAUAGGGCCGUUGUGAGGGUUACCCAUUACAGGGCAGUUAAAGUGCCUGGCACACGGUCCGUGCCAUGAACAUUCCUGGGGAGCCCCCUCAAGGGGACGGCUCUAUGGGAACGUGCUGCUCUCAUUUGCCAGGCCAGUCACUGGCCUAAGUUCACGUUACAUCCCUUUACCCACUGAGUCCUCUCAGAGCCCCUGCUGGGCUAGCGUGGGUAGUUCCUGGGAACGUGCUCUCAUUUGCCCAAGACCUCAGAGCCUGUAAAGAGUGGAGCUGAGAUUCUAAACCAGGGCUUUUGAUUUCAGAGUCUGGGCUCUGGGCUUCCAAAUCACGAGAAAUGUGUUGAGUCAAACGAACUUGGAGUGUUACUAGCACAGUUUUUCUCAGACUCGAGUGUACGUGGGAAUCCCUUGGAGGCUCAUGUGAGGAACGCCCAGGGCAGGGCCCACCCCCCAGACUUUCUAGUUCAGCGGGUUAGGGUGGACCCAAGAGUCUGCUCUUCCAACAGGUUCUCAGGAGAUGCCAGUACUGCUGGUCCAGGGACCACACUUGGAGAACCACUGAUUUACAACAUUGAUCAAAGAUUUUGUAGCCGUAGUUACUGUCGAUCUCAUUGAUUAUUUUACUGGGCAGAAUUUACCUACUUCCUCUCAUUCAUCUCUAGAGACUGUGAUGAACUUGAGGCCUUUCAGUGUAACUGCAGUUUCUCCCGGUCAUUACAGUAUUGGAUUCAGCCGUCCACCAUCACUUGGUGUCUCAGAAGAAUGCAAAAACCAAAUGACUAUUUUCUUUACUGGGAAAAAUACAUGAAUGACAGAAAUAAUGACUCUAAAUGCAGAGUAGACAGUGGUUAUUGUACUGCUACCAGGAGCCCUUCACCCCCGUGCACACACGAGUCUUACUUUCUGAAAAGCUACUGCAGAUCUGUGACGUUCACCAUCAUGCUGGUCAACCCUUCUGCAACUGGAAGAAACCUGAGAAAUCGUGGCCCUACUUUAGGACGCAGGUUUUAUUCUCAUCGUGGAAUAAAAAGGGUUUAGAGUGAUCACGUGCCAAAGAAACAAACAAACAGAGCUCUUUCAGGAAUCUCUGGUCAGAAAUCUGAGCGCGUGUUUGCUGAGUUUUGUCUCCAUGUUUAUUCAUACGUGAGUGAAGGAAAGGUAGUUUAUGCUUUUCCUUAUGAUUAAGGGGACUUUUUCAGGCUAGAUAAGCGCUUCUUAGGGGGUUUUGCCAAACAAGGUCCCACACCUAGGGGGGGUGCUACGUGAUCAGUACUCACCUUCUGGCGUGAGGGGUCUUCUGGCUCACGGGGUGUUGGACUUGGCCUCAGGUCCCUCCAGAGGGGCCCAGGCUGUCACAGUGGACCCGGUGACCUUACCCUGCAUAGAGGUCCCCCCACACACACCCAGUCUAAAGCGAGAAUUUAUAAAUUCCAUGCAUUUCCACCGUCUGCCCUUCGGACCUACAGAGAGGGCAGACGAGGGUCCCAAAGCCGUGAUGCUUGCUGCCAUGUAUCACAGUCCCCUGUGGGCCGGUGGGUCCAGAGCCCGGGCCACUGUCCCCUGGUGUCAGCUGCCAGGAACCCGUGUUUAGCAGGUGCCGCUCCCGCCGGGUUAUCUCUGCUGCUGUGCUGUCCUGUUGUGUUUUUGCGAUGACACUGAACGGCCCCUGUGUUGUAUUGUC